AUGUCAUUUGAUAUUAAUUGGAAUAAAUUAAUUGAAGAUGAUUCAAUUAAUAAAGCAAUUCAAUUAUUUUUAGAUAAGCAAUUUCAAAAAAUUAAAUUACCAAAUUAUAUAUCAAAUUUAUCAGUAACUGAUUUUCAUUUAGGUGAUAUACCACCAGAUUUAACUAUAAGACAUAUAGGAGAUCCAUUUGAUGAGUUUUAUACUGAAGAACAGGAACUACCAACACCUCCUAUUCCACCACAACAGCAGCAACAGCAACAACCACCACAACCCACAGACGAAGACGACCACUGCUCAUAUAAUGAAGAUGAAGAUAACGAGGAAGAUAAUGUCGAUGAUGAUGAUUAUGUGAAUGGAUUAGCAUCAAUUACAGAACGUAUGGGUAUAUUCAACUUCAAUCAACCAUUAACAUCCACAGCCAUGCCAACCACCACCCCAAGUAAACAAUCAUCAACAACUGCAACAUCAUCAGCUACUCCCAAUUCCACAAACAAUCGAUCACGAGAUUCAUUAUCAAUGUUACAUCCUCCAUUAGGAGUAAAUACUAUAAUUGGAAUUGGGGCACCAACGACAAAAACCGGUUCAGAUACCCCAACCACAAUCCUAAACCAAAACUACCGACUUCCAUCACUUCCCAAAAUUACAUCAAAACGGAAAUCCCUUCAAGAUGAGAAUGAUAUUCAAUUAAUCGUGGAAAUAAACUAUAAAGGAAAUCUACAUAUAAAUCUAAUAGUGAAUCUAUUAGUAAAUUAUCCUUCACCAAAUUUCAUAUCCUUGCCAAUAAAACUUCAUAUCACCGAUAUAGUAAUCCAUUCAAUUGCUACUAUUGCAUAUUUGAAAAAAUCAAUCUAUUUGAGUUUUCUUUGUGAUAUAACUGAUGAAAGUUCAGAUUAUUUCAGCCAUCAACCAAUUCCAAAGAGUACACCCUUAUCGAAUGUGAAUUCAGGCGGGAAUUUCGUGGAUUAUUAUAGUGGUGGUGGUGCGGCAGGCGGUGCGGGAGGUGAUUCUAUUAAGGAGAGGAUAGAUAUUAUUAAGAAGAUCAGAAUUGAGAGUGAGAUUGGUGAGGUUGAGAAUAAUGUAUUAAGAAAUGUUGGAAAAGUGGAGAAGUUCUUGAUUGAACAAUUGAGGAAUUUGAUUAGGGAUGAGAUUGCUUGGCCUAGUUGGAUUUGUAUUGAUUUGAAUGAAGAGGAGGAAGAACUGCUGGAUGAAGAGGGGGAAGGCAACGAAGAAGACGAUAGUGAAGAGGAAGGGGAUACUAGUGGUAGUAGUGAGGAUUCUGAAACUUUGAAUAAUAGUGAAUCUACCUAG